CCCACGUGGCUCCACCAAACUAGCUGCAACAGCAAUGAGCAAACACCCGGUGGAACUGCGCAUCUGCGGUGCUCAACAUUCGAACCACUUCCCGGUCCAGUCCUUUUCGGGUUAGAAAAUGCCUCAUUGGAGGAAAUGCGUUCUUGGAUGCGAAGGAGACUACCCUCUUUUUACGCUUCCCAAGGAUGCCACGAUUCGUCAGAAAUGGUUGGACUUUAUUUUUGGAGACUUCCCUCCCCCGAAGAAGAACUGGUAUAUUUGUGCGAGACACUUUACUGAUGACAGCUUUCUAAACAAAGGCCUGUUUGAUAAAGGACUGAUAGGAAGAUUGUCACUAUUAGACCAUGCAAUACCAACCAGGCUUAAACCGUUUGAGUGGGGACAGGGCACACCUGUCUCCAGAUCGGUUGGGACUUCCUGUGUAGUAGAGAUGAAGUCCCAAGGAACAUCCACAACACCACAGACUGCAGAAAUUGGUAUUCAGUGUAUGCUUCUGACUCCCACCCUAGAUGACCAGGACAGCAACGGCCCUGAAAGUGAUGAGGAGCCUGAGACUGACGAGGAGGACCCGGACUGGGCACCUGGCGCAGAAGAGUCAGAGGAUGAGGAUUUUGACCUGGAAGACGUGGCCGAAACCUGCCCAGCGGCGGAGCGUAAAUUCAUUGUCUUUGAAAGUUGUUUGAGGACUCUGUUCGCCGUGUGUGUCGUCUGCUCCGGGUGCUGCACAGUGACGAUGAAGCAGAUCAUGGGCACUAUGGUGGCUGUGAGCAGUGUCUGCAAGAGGACAGACGGACACACCCGGGUGUGGUACAGCCAGCCGGCCCACAACAGCAUGCCGGUGGGCAACUUGAUGAUGGCGGCAGCCACCUUAUUCAGUGGGUGUUCACCAACAAUUGCCCUGAACCUUUUCCGACACAUGAGCGUUGGAAUCUACAGUUUGAAGACGUUUUUCAGUCUGCAGCGCUGCUAUUUGAUCCCUGCUAUUCAAAGGGUUUGGAACACCAAGCAGCAGGCCAUGAUUAUGAAGAAAAAGGGAACGCCACUAAGACUGGGCGGAGCUGCUCGCUGCUGCUCAUCAGGGCAUACAACCAAGUAUGGCAGCUAUUCCUUGAUGGAUAUGAAUAGUGGUGCGGUGCUCACCACCCAUAUAGUGGAGUGCAAUGAAGUGCAGAGCAGUGCAGCAGUUGAGUUGGAGGGCCUGAAACAGGGGAUCCACUUCCUGGAGCAACAUGGCCUCACUGUAGCUGAACUCAUCACAGACAGACAUAUGCAGGUCUGCAAAUGGCUGAGAACGGAAAAGCCCGACAUCAGACAGCGGUUUGACGUAUGGCACGUUUCCAAGGGCAUCUUCAAGAAACUCGUGGCAGUGGCCAAAAAGCCAGGCUGUGCUUCAGUGGGGUUGUGGGCUCAGUCUAUCUCCAACCAUCUGUGUUGGACAGCAGCCACCAGCGGUGGAGACGCAGACAUGGCUGUGCAGAAAUGGACUUCUGUGGCUCGUCACGUCUGCAACAUCCACGAGGGCCAUGGUGACGUGUUCCCGCGGUGCGAGCACGGACAGAUGAACAGACAGUGGGUGGAGAACGGCAGCAGAGCACAGAAAGAAAUCCAGGCGGUUGUCCUGAGCUCCAGGCUGCUGGCGGAUGUCUGUCAGCUGUCCCCUCCAGAGCAGACGUCGUACCUGCAGUCUUUUCAUAACGUCGUCUGCUUCUUCGGAAGUAAACAGGGGCAUUUCCUUCGUCCCUCACUGGAAGCAAGAAUGAUUUUGGCAGCUCUCCACUUUAACGAGAACAUGGCGAAGGAGCAGGCCAGGAAACAGGACAGGGCUCAGCGGUGGAAGGUGUCCUAUCCAAAGUUUAAGAAAGGUGGCGCUGUGGUUCGGCCUGUGAAGGAGUCUGACACAUACGACUAUGUCAGACACCUGAUGGAGCUUGUGUGGCAGAUGCGGCUGGAGGUUCCCUUCUAUGAAGACGUAGACACAGAAACUUCUGUUUCUUAGCUCUGGUUGUGCGUUUAGGGUCGUUGUCUUACAUUUGUUUCCAGCUUAGAUAAAAUUUGCUCUUCUAGUACUGCUUGUUUUAAACUCCAUAGUUUUUCCCAUCAACUCUGACCCAUAACCAGGUUAUCAAAAAACAAGUCCAAUGCAUGAUGCUGCCACCACCAUGUUUUGCUCUUAGAGUGGUGUGUUCAGGGUGAUGUUCUGUGUUAGUUUUCCUUCAUAAAGGUCAGAAAGUUACAAUAUUGCCUCUUAUUACAUUUAAGGUAAUUGUGAAUUUCAUUUAGGUUUAUUAGAGUAAUGGGGGCUUAAUACAAAUGCUGGCAACCAUUCAUAUCAUUUUGUAGCUAAGAAAUUGCAAAUCUACAUUUAAGCACUAUAUGUCCCAAUAAACAGCGUUUAUUGUUAAAAAUAAAAUACAAAUUCUUUCAAAGAAAAAAGAAAAACCCAAACAAACUUCUGGAACAAAAUGCAAAAACAACUUGAUGUUUGAAAAAUAAUUUAUUUGCAAUAAAUUAGAUUUUGAAAGUAUGAUAGAGUUCAUAUGUAUCCUAAAAUUUAAAGCCACUGAUUUACAUAAACGUCACAUUUUUAUUUACAGUCUUGCAAAGUUACCUUGAGAGAAUGAAGCGGCUUUUCUUACGUUGUUAAACAUUUUAAUUUAAUUGUACUUAUUUUUUACAGCAUGUUUUUCAGAGAGCAGCCGCUCCAGCUUUGAGAUCCUUUAUUGUCUUUUCUGGCGAAUGACGAAGAAAAAAAAAAAUCUGGAUAUUUAAUUAUUUAAUUUGUUUUUUUCUGAUGUCGCAAAAAUUAUUGCAGCCACUUCAAAGGUUUUCUGAAAAACAGCUGAAAUCCUGUACAGUUUGAUGGGUGCAGCAGUUUUCCUCCUGAUGUACAGUUACUAAAAUUGAAUUUCCAGCCCUGAGUGCAGUCCCUCUGCUUCCACACAAAAUCACAUUCCAUGUUCACUUUGCCUGAGCUGAGCCACUUUGAACGCUUUCCAAACGCUCUGACAGUUUUGUAAAUACUCUUCAUUAAUAAACAUUUUCUGAACCUUUUAA